AUGUAUUUUAUCAACAGGAUUGGACAAAAUGUAAUAUUUAGAAAUAAUUGUAAUAAAAGUUUUUAUUCAACAAAAAACAUUUUAUAUAAUAGUAAUGUUAGAUUAAAUAGAAAUAAAUCUUUGUUAAUGUAUACAGCUUCAAUAUUAAUGUUCGGGUUAGGUUUAACAUAUGCAGCAGUUCCUUUAUAUCGUAAAUUUUGUCAAACAACAGGAUUUGGAGGCACGCCGAUUAUACUCAACAACAAUAACGACAACACUGAUAGAUUGAUACCAGACAAAUCAUCCAGAAGACUGAAGAUAAAAUUUAAUUCAGAUACUUCAAUGUCUCUGCCCUGGAGUUUUCAUCCUCAACAACGUGAAUUAAAAGUUUUGCCUGGUGAAUCAGCUCUUGCUUUUUACACAGCAGAAAAUAAAACUAGUCAAGACAUUAUUGGAAUUGCAACUUAUAAUGUCACACCAGCAAAGGUUGCUCAAUAUUUUAAUAAAAUUCAGUGUUUUUGUUUCGAAGAACAAAAAUUAGAAGCAAAUGAAAAAGUCGAUAUGCCUGUAUUCUUUUUCAUUGAUCCCGAAUUUUCAAGUGAUCCUUUGAUGAAUGAUGUUGAUACAAUUACUUUAUCCUAUACAUUCUUUAAGGCAAAAUAUAAUAAUAAUGGAACAUUAAUACCCGUUCAAGCCGUUUAA